UUGAAGACAACUUACUUACUUUCUUCUUCAUGUUCACCAGCUGAACUCCGCCGACGAUGUUCUGCUAUUGACGCCGACUGUCCUCUUGCACAGCACUUCUACUGUUGGUCUUUGUGGUGGUGUUAACGCCCACCUCCUGCGUUUGUGGGGAAACUUUCAAUUCCCAGACAACGUUCAGAUUGUGGUUUUUGCCAUGUCAGGGCAAAUGCUCCGAAACAUCCGGCGGGUUUGUCUAGUUGCAGAGCUCACUAAGUAACUAACUAGCUUUCAAGAUGCCAUGUGGCCUGGCUCUUAGUGCCUUGGAGCGUUUCGAGGCAUUGGACCCAAAGGAUGUGGAUCAGGCUGUCGACUUCUCCGGGCGUGGCCAGCCGGACGACAACUCCUCGACUUCGCUGCUCAACGGAGCACACUUUGUGGAACAACUGAAGAUAUUCUCCGAAGCUAGUCUUCAUGACUCCGGGGUAGUCAUAACACGCUUGUGUACUCUAUUGGAGGACUCGUUUGCACAGUGUGCACCGCCGCAAUGUUCGCACAAACAGCUCAAGUUGCUGCGCGGUCUCGAAGUGGCUAUCAUUCAGCUUCUGACGUCAGCUGGCACGGCGUUCCCGAAAGAUUUCUACUGUGAAACUAAUGUUUAUGGAAUGAUGGGAGCGGCACGCUACUUCACACGCUGCACAUACUGCAUUGUUGACUACGUAGUGCCAAAGUCGGAGCGCCUUGAUAGCAUGAGCAGUGCUGAAAGCAGCUCUUCCCCAUCUCCGCCGCGGAUCACAACCCCGCGUAUUGGCCCUGUCGCGUAUCGCAGCAGAGCCAUGCAGUCACUUUGUUCUGCUCAGUCGACUCUUCCUGAACUCCACCUCCCAGGACAACACAAUGAAGGUCCAGAAGACGAUGACAGUGACGGUGGCACCAUGCCUCGGAGAUCGGUCUUUCGUGGCGACCUUGAUCCACUCCUGGAGACAGUCUUGAAGGCCAUUCAUCCGAUUAUUACCAGAUACAUGUCUUCCACUACCCUCAGCACCAGUAUGAUGCGUGUUGUGUCUCGCAUUGUUUACGUUAUCAGUGCGUACAGCUUUGAGUUUGUCAAGCGACGAAUUUGUUCAGUGUUUGGCGCAACUGAAGAGAAGCCCAUGGACGAGGAUGCGCUUGAGAAUCUUGUUUACUUACAACAUGCUAAACCACGGCUGCAAGACAUCAAUGACAUCCUGAAAGCGACUUUGGGUGUGAUCGGUGAUAUGAAGCGGCUAGAAGCGAUUGUUCUCGCCCAGAGCCUUCACCAGCUCAUCUGGAACUGGUUUGAAUCGAGUAACGGUGAAUUUGCACUGGUGACGUCCAAGUCAUGCGAGCACAUGGAUGCAAUUGCUGCUGUUACUUCGGCAUUUGCGGCUGACCUGUUUGAAGUGCUGGACACUAUGCAGCAGCAGGAGAAGAAGAGCUCGUCGACAGCGGAGCGUCGACGCACCGCUUUCUGGCCAGUCAUGACCGCACUCAUGGUCCUGGCCGAGUUCUUCAACACGGACGUGGAGAGCCGCUCGACGGGCCGCCGCGGCAGCGGCUUCAGCACAAUGACGCUGGAGGAGGACCAGGUGCGCGGCCAGCGCUUCUGGCAGAAAGUGGUGGCGUCGCUGCGCUCCGGCCACCGAUCGUACCGCGACGGCGCUGUGGUGUGCUGCGUGUCGGUGUGCCGCUGUGCUAGCAUGGCCGAUGCCAAUAGCCCGCUUCGAAUGGCAACCACUAGAAUCCUGCCUCAACUUGUGGCUCUACUGUUCACUGCCUCCACUCCGCUGGACUACAUAGCCUGCAGGCCCACUGUCCUGAGCCCUAUUGCCAUCACUUCAUUUGAGCUGCAGGUGGUCACACAGCUGGCUUACUUCAACAUAUUGGACGAGAACGUCAACUUGUUCAUUCACUGCCUGGACACUGGUCACCCCACGAUGUGCUUGGUGGCUGUCUGCUCCCUGCACUAUCUGGUCCAGUCGGGUGUGCUGGAUGCCUCAGACUCCUGGGCCAAGGACAUAGGCUGGAAGCUGCGCAGGCUGUUCAUGGAUAGCAGCGAGCAGGUGCAGAAAGCGUUUGACAAGACCAAGGUGAAAGAUGCUCGAUCCUCCAGCAUGUUCCAUUCCUUCACGUCUAAGGUGUUCAGAAGGAAAUCCAGCAGUUUAGAUCUAGCUGACCUACACGGGGAUGGGUGUGGCAAGAGGUUUAAGGAGCAAUACAUCGACCGGAGGGUCAUCGAUGAGGAGGGCCAGGAGUCCAAGAUCCCGCUCACCGACUGGUUGACACCACGUGUGAUGCUAGCCACCGUGUCGCCAUCGGUGCUCCGGUAUUAUGAGCUUGUCGAAACUAUCCGCCACACUCUGGAUCUGUUUACCCAUGCGCCGUCGUUUGCAAUGGUGGUUCACGACCAAGCCGGGCAAGAUGAAAUCAAGCCGUACAGCUGCUGCAGAUACCUAGUGUCAUCAAUGCACAAGAUAAUGGAGGGCUCCAUUUGCGUUGUCCCUCAGUUCCUAGUGCCUCUCACAGAGCUGAUGGCCGUCUUUCACGGGCCUGACUAUGUCAAUAUGUGGGAUCCGUUCUCGGCGAAACUCUGGGUCGGUGUAUAUAUGGUACUGGAGACAACAUGUGAAUUCUUGCUGUAUCUAUGCCGUGCAAUUCUGAACUGCAUCGAUGAAGUCUCCACUGAGUCCCUGCUACGCUCUUUGUACAAGCUGCUCUUUGAGCGAAACGUCUUCAUUCGUCAGAACUUCAAUGAAGUCGUGACUACUGUGGAUGUGGAAUUCUUCAGUUCCUCGCUGGAUAUGCUGGAGGCUCUGCUCUUAGUUGGCAUAACACACUAUGAUGCGCAGACAAUGUACUGGUCAGUGCUGUGUCUGGAUACUCUUGUUGCACUCAUCGACUCGCUGCUGCCGUUCGACCCGUGGAUCACCGGACCGGAGGCGAUGGCGCCCGCUUUCCGCGACAAUCUGACGCAGUAUCGUGCCAUCAUCGGCCUGCAACGCAAGAGUGCCGGCCCGCCGCCACGCAAGGCUAUCCUGGACGAGGCACGCUUGCUAGACAAACAUACCGGCGGCAUCAUGCACGCUUGGCAGACCAUGGCUAAGUGGUGGCGGGAGCUGACCGCACAGAUCCAGUGUGCACUGGAAGAUGGUGCCAGUGACCAGACAGAAGUCCUCGACAGUGUCCAGAUGAAGAAGUGGACCGCCAUGACGCAGAGUCUCAGCGCCCUAAGUGGAGCGCUACCAGUCAACUCUGACAACAAGGAGCUGCUCGAGUCAGAGUUUCUGAAUGAGGCAAUGUCACUCUUGUCGUGCACAAUAGAGGGGCGUGCUGGAAAUCAGAUCCAGACAAUCACACGCAUUGCUUUGGAGAACAUCAGCCCGUCCGCUAUUCCAAAGUGUUUGAAUUUGGUGGAGCAGCGUCUUACCGAGAUUCUGGAGCAGGUUGCUACUACCGGUGUUACUAUAGAGAGUACACUGUUCGUUGAGCAGGUGACAUCACUGCUGAAGCCAAUGUUUGAAACAGUGGUUCAUGGCCAGAACAAGUACAUGAGUUUUGUCAAUGUGGAGACUAUUGUGCUUCACCUAUCAAAGUACAUAGCUGAACUGAGUGUCCCCAACGUGACACUGCAAAUACAUCUGUGCAGAGCAAUACAGACGAUGAUGUCAUGUCGCUCUGAGCUUUUCUUCCGGAGAGAGCAUUACUUCUGCAAUUGCCUGGGCAACUGCCUCAUCCGCUGGCUUGGUCGCUAUGAAGACGUCUUGGGAUCAACGUCACGAGAUGACAGGGAUCUCUUGAUGGUGUGUGUGGCAGCCCUGGGCCAGUUGUUUGCUGAUCUGGUCGUUGAUGAGACUGUUGUGGAUGAGCCAGCUCAAUUGGUAUACAAUCGUUACUGGGACACAAUCGAGAAGAUCAUUGCCCAGUGCACGGUGUGGGCGUUUGGCCCCAGCGACGAGGAGGAUAGCUACUACACAUCAUCAACCACGCAGCUGAUUCACCCUCGCAGAUCCAUUGCAUCGAGCAGUGACCUGACUUCACUGCACCAAUUCAAAGGCAGGAACCAUGGCGGCCUCUUCUCAGCUUCGCUGCAAGGACCUCAGUUUGCUGCCGAUCUAUUGCUGUUGGCGCAGGCUGCCAUGUCUAACUUGCUAUGCGCAGACACUAAAUGCUCGCUGGUUCGAGGCCGUGGAGACCGUGGUCGAAGUGCAUCGGAUGCAUUCAGUCGUGUCAUCAAGUACUGUGACUUCUGUCAUGUGAAAUGUCGUGCCUAUUUCAUGGAGAACAUGACAGCCAUUCUCAGACAGGGUAGCUAUUUCAAGGAGCCGGAGAAUAUGGCAACAAUGCACCUGAACAAUCUCUGUAGCAUCAUUGUCAGCAAGAACAAAUCUGGUCGCUACCCGAUCGCCGAUGUUCUAAUGAAGGUCACCAGCAAUAUGGACCAGGAUGAACUGUGCACUGUCUUGGCCAGACUAUUCUACUCCAGAGGAUUGCUCUAUGACCUAGUGGAGACCUUCUUCAUGAAGGAGCUGCAGAAAGUGGUCACGCCAAGCGCCUUGUUCCGGUCGGCAACGCAUGCCACGCGUAUGGUCAGUUCGGCAAUGAAGCACUUUGGACGAGCAUAUGCCAAGAUGAUUCUCACCCCCAUUCUCGAAAAGGAGCUGGAGACCUUCACCGCUGCCGAGAAGUUCUCGUACGAAAUCGACCCCAACAAAUUGCGCAAUGACGAUGAUCAUGUGAUGCUGGAGAAGAAUCGUGCCAACGUGCUGUCGCUGACCAAGAAAAUCUUUGACGCAGUCACCUCAUCGUUGCAUAGCCGGAAAUUUCCCAAACAGCUAGUCACAAUUUGUCAUUGUUUGCUCAAGUGUACAUUUUCAAGAUUCCCAACACACUGUGACAGUGUGGUUGGCAAUGCGUUCUUCCUGCGCUUCCUCAACCCCAUGCUCACUCAACCCCAGAAGUCCGAAUUACUGUCACCGGAUAUUAUGAUUCCCAGUAGUUUUCACCGUGGUCUUGUACUUGUUGCUAAGACCCUUCAGAACAUCGGCAACCAAUUGUUGUUUCGCAAGGAGAAGCACAUGCUGUGUUUCAAUGACUAUCUUCAGUCAGUAUUUCCCAUAGGCAAAGAGUUCUUGACGAAUGUCUCUUCUCUCACUGCGUGGAACGCUGAUGACAUUGGCCAGGAUAGCUUUGAGCUAGAGGAGAGAGAUCAACGCUACCUGCAGAUAGUUCUCUGGACAACACAGGAGAAGAUCGGAUACAAGAUCUACACUAGCAGGAAAGUUCCAGAUGGACAUCAUCUCUUCCAGGACCUCAUUCUCUGUCUGGGAAACCUCGGUGUACCUCCAGGCCUGGACUCGUGUGUGGCAUCAGCACCCAAGUUACCUACUGACACCAGCAAGGUGAAGGCUACAAAGUCUGCAGCUGAGUUCCGUGUCUCGACACGAGUGGAUUCUGGUCUCACGAAGCACUCACUGCAGAAGUGCUUCAGUCGCUGUACAAUUGGUGAAAGUCAACACGGCAUCGUCUUGAGCCUGGCGAUGCAUAACAUGACGAGCAGUGAUGCAAAGCUUCGUAUGACAGCAUGCAACCUGAUGAUCGCGGGCUUGAAAGCAUUCAACCUCGACUCUUCAGCCAUGCUUCAUUGUUCAGCAGAUACCCCAGUACUGCUCUACUCGUUUGGAAUCGACAAUCUUUGCACGAUGAGCACGAAACUGGCGACCAGCGCUCCGCUUCUGACGUUAGAGAUUUGGCGAGAAACGAUGAACCAUUGCCUGAGCUCAUCCCCGCACAUGAUUAGCUGGUCACUAAAGAUACUCAAGCCCUGGAUUCAGAACUUCGUGCUGUUCUCAACAGGAGGACUCGAUGAUUCAUUGGGAACUGGCAAGGAGAAAGCAACCAUUCUUCUUGACCACCUGAUAAAUUUCUCCAUCAGCGAGAGCACAGCUCUGUACAGUUCAAUCAUUGAGCACAUCUGGCAGCCGAUGGCAAAGUAUCGGAACAUGUUUCCUUUGAUUCUAAAGCCACUGGUUCAGAACGCCGGUGUGUACUCUCUAGGGACUAUCCACGUGGAGAGAGCUUGUGGCAUCGUACUGGGUCUGACCAAUUCUGCUAGCAGCAAUGCCGCGCCAGACAACAUUCUCUCCGUUCUACUGGACAAGGUCUUCUUAAUUCUACAGAGUGAGGAGAGUUGUGGACGCACACUGGAAAACCUGGACAAGUGGACUGAGCUAUCCUUCCUAGCCUACUUUGUCUGUAGCUGUGUGCUGGAAGAGUGCUUUGAUGUUGUUCCUCUCCUGCCACGCUUAUUUCACAUGAUCAUCUGUCUGAAUCAGAGUGGUUGCAUGCCACUCCAGGAGGCGCUGCACGGUCUCACCGUCAACAUCCUACAUGCUCUCUAUCGCUGGAGCAUCAAGAUUGACUCAGAUUGUGGAAUUAGCUCUAUGCUACAUGUCAGACUGGAUAACCUGAUACAGCAGCAUUACUUCAACGCAUUCGGCGUAGGAGAGCAGGAUUUAUCAGAUCACUGGGAUUUCAUCACAAACCAUCAGAUGCUCAUUGGAUUAUUCCUGGAUGUGCUCAAGGCGGUGUGUAAUGAAUCUCAGUGCAAUGAGCUUGUCCUGCAAUGGGAGAGACUAGCAGAGAAAGGUGUGCUCAGUCAUAAGAUGACUACAUUCCUGACACCGUGCCUGACUAUCCUAGCCAUGAUCAGCACUGCACCAGAGAGCUACUACAAUAUUCUACUGCAGCUGCUACAUGAGGCGUGUCAAGACUUCCUGUUGUAUGAGAAACUGAUCUGUGCUAUUCUGGGCACGCUGGCCAACAUUCUCCACCGUCUGGAUCUGGAUUUUUGUGGCCACGCUGGCUUGUUCUGGCUAGCAAUGAGUGUGUUACAGCUCAACUACCUACCACUGUACUGCUUUGGACUGGACCUGAUGUUAGCAUGUCUGCAUGCACUGGAUGCCACUGAACAGUGGGAGAGAAAUAAGAUCACCGAUGCCCUUCGGGAUGAGCGCCUGCGCUUCACGGACACCUUGGAUUGUCUCGACGCCGAGCUGUCACUAUGGCAACCGUACACGCACUUCACCCUCUUGCUGGCUAUGCUGCUGAUGAAAGCCUCACAAGACAAGUCAUCGUAUCUCAUUGCGGAGCGUGUCAUCUUUUUGUUCCUGCGCCUCAACAAGGAUCCUGCAUGGAGUACGGACUGUACUACAAAUCCUGCUGCGCUUAGCAUCUUCAGCAGCCCUAUUUGGCCAUUUGUUGCGCUGUUGCUGCCGUUCAACGAGGAAGCGCGCAACAUGGUUGAGCUGAUGUCUGGCCAAGGCCAGCCAGUGCUCUCCAUAGCCUCCAGUCACUGGCAUUCGUGUGACUCUGUCCUACCGGCCAAGAACACCGUCCAGCCCUCGAUGAGCAGCACUCUGCUGCAUUUCAGUGAUCACGAAGCACCGAAGGGCAAGUUAUCGCCAUUGGACACCGUCACUUGCCUCUCAGCACAGUCUAUGCCGGGGCAGAUGUCGUGCCAGGCAAACAUUAGCCUGAACAUCAGUGAGACGAUAGCUGAGCUGAUGCCGCCCUCGGCAAGCUAUGCUAACAGCCAUCAAACAUCGGUGCAGACCAGCGGCACCCAGACCAGUGAUGCUGCUGAUGCAUUACAUGAUCCAGUGCAUGAUGAUCUACUCUUCAAGAUGCUCUCGACGGCCAUUGCUCCAAGCAAUCAGGCUAUGCAGCCCGUGUCUGCACUGGAAACCUGCAAGAUCUUCGAGAACGACGACAUACAGAUUCUGGUGACAUACUUAACGGCAUGUUCACUAGUGUUGUGCAAGGAGUGUGAUGAGAUACCCAACAUCUGUGAUUACAUUGUGGCUUUCAGUACUCACUUCAACUCCACAUUCAGCAGCAUAUGUGAUGUAGUGAGUAACCUGCUGAGUGAUAUCCUGACCAGCUGUAACCAGAUCAGCAGCAAUCAUCAAGUACUGGCUUUGGUCAACAAGACGGCAGCCACACCGUGUGAUCACAACUCUCAGGACUUUGCUAAUCCCAUUGUUACUGGCCUUGGAUUCCGAGGAGCAGCAAAGUUCUUCCAGCGCUGGCAGACAAACACAGAGUGCUGUAAACGUGCCAAGAUACUCGGCAGCUUUGUACAAGACCUGAUUGAUUCAGCCUAGUUCCGAUUGUGCCAGCGGUUGCUAUCCUGGCCAGGUCCAUGCCCGCUUUCUUUUCUUUCCUUUUUUCCUUCUCAAUUAAGUAAACAUGUGAAGUUCACAUGUUUAGUAGUGCAGCCAGUUUGCUUUCUUUGAACAAGCUACUUAUCAUGCAUGUCUCGAUUAUUAGGCGAAAUUCCGAUAUAUUAUUGCUUCUUAGCCCGAAAAUUCAUUUUUAUUUCUUUCACACUGACGAUCUCUUUCGAAUUUCUUUACACAACUACUUUGAAGUACACGUACCCUGCCUUCAACCCUGCCUUCAACCCUGCCUUCAACCCUGCCUUCAACCCUGCCUUCAACCCUGCCUUCAACCCUGCCUUCAACACAGACGUACACACUACUUCAAGCACAUACACAGAGCAUGGCAUGAAACUCCUCUUCUUUCUUUCUUUCUUUCUUUCUUUCCUUUUUGUUGCUUUUUUACCUCCUCGUGUCAAAGCUGGCACCUGCAGGAGCAGACUUCACAAUACCACAGCACAUAAUCAUUGCAUGACACACAAGAAAUGAACCAAAUCAACAUGGAAGUGAUGAUGACAACAUGCCACUACUGAUUGAUAUUGACAUGGCUAUUUUGCUAUCCUAUUUUUAUGCUGGCAUGUUGAUGAUGCCUCGAGUACCAUUCUAUUUUCUGCACGGAUAUGUCCAUUUUCAAAUUUUUGAUUUACUAGAUGAAGGGAAAUGAUGAGUCUAUGCAAUCACUAUUGUUCAGCUUACUGAGGAUCCUCACGCCUUUCUGCCUCUCCACUCGCUCAUUCUUUAGCCCGUCUCGGCCAUGUUUUGUGCUCUCUCUCUCUCUCUCACUCUCUCUCUCUCUCUCUCUCUCUCUCUCUCUCUCUCUCUCUCUCUCUCUCUCUCUCUCUCUCUCUCUCUCUCUCUUUCUGUUUCUGUUUCUGUGUGUGUGUGUGUGUGUGUCUGUCUCUCCCAUUGAUAUGAUGUUUAUGAAAGAAGAUUCCUGCUUCUCUUUCUCUCCUCCCUGUUUUACCUCUCUCUAUUCGAGGUGAUGUCUCCCUUUGUUUACCUGCUGAUUGCCCAGCCCUGCGCUGUCCUUCUUACAGUCACCAAAUAUAUCCAUUUAUCAUGUCCUUGUCUGCUGAAGAACACUGCUGCCAGUGUUGCACAUUGAAAGCUUCAAAGUUCAAACGGGCCCCGUACCGUAUAAUAUCA